AUGAGUGGCAAUGCGGAAUGUGCGUGGGCAGUUGCGGAAAAGCAACGAAUCAUUGAUGUAUGCAAACAAUUCGCUCGUAAAGUUGGAUGGAAAAAAAAUGGAGAAGGUCGCGAAUAUCAUGUUGAAAUGCUGAAUUAUUUGCGAACUUUGCCAGCAAAAAUAUUCGAAGGUUCCAUCUUUAGUCGUAAUUGGAUAAAUGCAAGCCGCACAGGUAUUAUAUUAGCACCUGUGAUUGACGGCGAUUUCUUACCAAAAUCAAUCAAAGAAUUAAGGAAGGAAGCACCGAUUAAAAGUUGUAUAGUUGGAACAUGUAAAUAUGAAAGUUUAGUUUUUGCUGCAAUUUCACAUUCAUCGUUUACAUUACGCGGUAUUGAUAAAAUAUUAAAUUCAUAUAUUAGCGCUGAAGAAUAUGAUGGUUAUGAGGAAUUACGAAGGAAAACGAAGAAUUAUUAUUUAAAUAAUAUCGAUAUUAACAAUAAAUUAGCGGUUGCUCGAACAUGCGAAGAGGCUAAUUUUUACUGUUUGCUUAUUUCAAUAAAUAUCGAAAUAAAAUGUGAAAUUUUGGCUUUAUCUCAUUAUGAUUGA